UUUGCUGUUAACUUUGCGAAAAGUCACUGGUUUGCCUGCAUUCGACAUUGUUCGUUCGUUGUCAGCAGAAACCAAGUAAUUUGUGAGCGUCUUAGCGUCUUCUUUCUACCUUUCUUUGUUGUGAGAAUGUCUUUUGAAAGACGAUUAGUGAUGACAGAGUGAGGGGGAGGGUUGAGGAGAUAGAGGGUAGGGAUUUGGGCGUGCCGUUGAAUAUUUUGGAGAGAGAGGAUGAAAGAAAGGAGUGUUUCAACCCUGAGGAAGAGAUUGUUGGUGAGGUGAUGGGGUAUGAAACAUCUUUGGAAAAUAGGGGUGGUUUGGCCCACUUAGUUGAGAACUACGGGGUGCUUGGGCGUGUGUUGGUGAGGCCAGCGGGGAAGAGAGAGAGGGCGUGCUCGGCUCCGGGGGACCAUUGGAUGCCCCUGUACUCCCAUUAUCUGGUGGCUGGGUUGCGAUUCCCCAUCCUAGAUCUAUUGGUGUGGUUGUUGUUGAAGUACUGUUUGGGGUUAACGCAACUCACCCCCAAUGCUGUGAGUGGUAAGGAGAAGGGGUGGUACUAUUUUACGGGUCGGGUGGUUAAUAAACAAAGAAAUGGUUUGUUUAGCGCUGGGCCAUCUUCCAUCAAAGGAUGGAAAGGUAAAUUCUUUUUUGUGGAUGACACGGAGUGGGAUAAGACUGAUGUUGAGGUGGAACACUUGAGCCGCUGGAAGGCGACAGGGUUAAACCUUAAUGAGUAUAGCCUGAUCCCGGGGGAGUUAGAGGAUGUGAGGAUGUUGGAGAGGGGGGGGGAGAGCCGGUUGGAUGUUAUGGAGUAUACGAGCCAGAGGAUAAGAGAUGAACAAGUUUUUGGAGGCAGCCGCAAUAUUGGGGAUGAAGUGACGGUUGUUGAGGAGGGGCCUAUUAUUGCAAAAAGGAAGAGGAUGGAGCAACAAGAGGUUGUGAAGGAGGUACCAGAGCCUAUGACUUCAUCCCUCCGUAUAGAGGGGACUUCUUCAGCCACAACUGUUGAGUUCGCGGCUGCGCUUUGGGAGCAAGGCCAGCGUGCGAAGGAUGAGGUGGUGGCUAGAGGUUCAGUUGGCGUUAUAUGUCAGGCGCUUGAGGCUGUGAACCUUAUGAAUGCUUUAGCUAAUGAGCAUCACGAGAGUUUAAAGGAGAGGAAUCAGAUGAGGAAGGAUAAUGCCAAGCUCAUCAAGAAGAAUGAGGAGGCCGAGGCAGAGGUGGCAAAGCUAAAGGCGGAGAUGGAGGAACUCCGAAAGGAGAAUGCCACUCUAAAGAAGGACUCGGAGCUCUCGUACCAAAAUAGGAAGAUCUGUGAGGACGAGCUCGAGAAGAGGGAAAAAGAGUUAGAGGAGGUGGCGAAGGCAGCAGUUGAGUUGGAGCUUAAGGUUCACAACUCUAUUGAAGAGCUUGUGGAGGGGUUUCUGAAGUCCAGCACAUUUGAGGAUAUCGUCAACCUCUACCGGCUCCCUACUGCAAUUGUGGCCUUCUCUGACUGCCGGAAGAAGGUAAAGUUGCAGUAUCCUGAUGUGGAUGUGAUGAAGAUCAUGGACAAUAGAGGUCAAACCAUUUUGCCUCCGAAGUUUAGUUUUGAGUUCGUGGCAGUGGGUGACGACGGAUCCGAAGGUGCUGACAACCUAGACCAGCCUGUUGACUAAACUUCGCAUUUUUUUUAAGGAGAAAUUGUUUGUAAACGAUUAGAGUUUCAUUUAAUAAAUUCAGUUUGAUACU